CUCUAAUGGUAUUCUGUCUUCUGUAAAGUUGUAAUUACGUCAUUUUUAUGGCAAAACCGACGCUCAUUUAACUUUACAACUGAGCGCACAUUGGAUGGGAAUAAGGGCGGCACUUGCGGGUCAGCGGAAUAAGAAACUCCGCAUAAUUCCGCCCGCUUGAUAUGAUAGACAUCAACAGCAAUUGUGACUCCACUACUGACAAUACAAGAGGACUACAUCGCGUUGAAAUCUGGGAUGACUCGCCUCUGAUCCUAUACAAAACUAUCUCAACGAAAUUCAUCAGAAUUAUCAAGAAUUUUAUAUUGCAGUAAUAGUAUUACAAGCCAUCUACAAUGAGCGCGCUUCGGUCGGCUGUAGCGUCUACUGGACGAAGAGCUCGGUAUGCCGACAUCUUCCCAUGGGUGACCUCACCCUUCAUUGUUGGGGCGCCGAUGCGCGUAAUGGCCGGUCCAAAUCUCGCGCUCGCAGUGUCCAGAGCGGGCGGGUUGGGUUUCAUGGGUCCUGGUGCAAAAGCACAAGAUACAGCAGUCGAUCUCGCGAAAGUCAAAGAGAUAUUGGAAAGUCAGUGUACCAAUGAUGAGAAGUUGUUUGCUGCAUUUCAAUCCACGAAGCGCCUCCCCGUAGGCGUAGGCUUCCAGCUCUGGAAUGGCGACCUUCCAUCUGCUACAUCCGCUGUGCAGGAAUAUCAACCUUGUGCUGCAUGGCUCUUUGCUCCACGCAACGGCCAGGAAGAACUGGAUGAAUGGGCAGUCAAGCUCCGAGAGGCAUCUCCAGGUAUUCAGAUCUGGAUCCAGGUUGGAACCAUCAGAGAAGGUGCAGAAGCAGCAAGUAGCGCACAUCGGCCAGAUGUACUAGUAAUACAGGGGGCAGAAGCAGGUGGACAUGGUAGAGCAAAAGACGGCUUGGGUCUCAUUGCUCUUCUCCCUGAGGCUGCUGACAGAUUACGUGAAUCUGGAAUACCUGUUAUUGCCGCUGGAGGUAUCGCAGACGGCAGAGGCGUAGCUGCAGCCUUGUCAUUGGGAGCAAGUGGAAUUGCACUAGGUACACGAUUUCUAGCCUCCAAUGAGGCUCGUAUCAGCAAGGGCUAUCAGAAUGAAGUUGUGCGUGCUACUGAAGCUGCUCAUUCAACCGCUCGAACACACUUGUACAAUCACUUACGUGGUACUUUCGGCUGGCCAGAACAUUGGAGUCCGCGAGGCAUUACAAACAUGAGCUGGCAAGAUCAUAUCGCCGGGGUCCCAUUCGAUGAACUCAAGCAACGUCACGAUGUGGCACAAGAAUCGGGCGACAAGGGUUGGGGUCCGGAAGGAAGGCUAGCAACAUAUGCAGGUGCAGGUAUCGGCUUGAUACAUAGUGUGGAGCCUGCAGGCGUUCUCGUUCAGCGCUUGCAAAACGAAGCAAAGGAGAUCUUGUCAGGGCUGGCUCAUUGAUCGUAAUCGUUACUAGUAGCAAUAAUCAAUUUACUGAUUUCUGAUUUCGGGGCUGCUAUCACCGCUGGUCAAUGUCGGACUUAAAAGGCCGUGAGUCAGAUAUCUUGACAACACAAAAAAUAAUGAUUAAAAAAGUAGGAUAUUGGUCAGUAAAAUCAGACUAUUCAUUACAUUGGAGGUAUUCUGGCUUGAGGAACAUUUUCUAUUCGUUGAAAUGAAAAUUCAUGAACAGAACCUGAG